AUGUUUCACAAGUAUGAUUCCAAAGUGUCUGCUAUAGAAGAUGCAAAAGAACUAGCCAAACUUACUUUUGAUCAAGUGCAUGACACUUUCACUGCUUUUGAAAUGAGAUGGAGAAAGGGAAAGUCUAGUGACAAGAAAGCUGGCUUCAAGGCAAUGAAGAAUUUAAAAAUUAAAGAGAAGAAGAAGCAACUUGUAGGAAAUGACCCUGAUGAGACCAAAUGUCCUAAUAAGGGACAAAUAGAAAGUGAUGAAGAUGAAAGUGAUAAGAAGAGAAAUUUCAAUGGGAAUAAGAAGGGCAAGGACAAAAAGAAAAAACUGAUUUUUAUGAGAUGCAGUGACACAACUGAUGAAGAAUCUAAAGAUGAUGAGGCUAUGCUCAUAGUUUCAAUAGAUGUGGAAGAAAACAAGGUGGAUUCAUCUAGCAUAGAAGAAUCUUCAGAAGAAGAAGAAGAAGAUGAAAAUCACAUCAAGAGGCUGAACAUAGAGCUGCUAUUAAAUAGCUCAGAAGAAAAAGGAAAAAGUUCAAAAGGUCAUCUAAGACCUCAAGGAACAAGAACCAUUAGUGCUUGA